CUUGUCCACGUCGCGUCGCGGGCGAUGAGCUCGCGCAGGUCGCCCUCGCCGCCGCCCAUACCGACAUUGCGUAAAACAAAGUCAACAGAAACCUUUCUCAAAACGUUGCGCCGAAAAGCAUCAAUCGGCAAACGGCUUGGUCGAAGAACAACUGCAACAGAUGAACACCCGUCUCUUCGCCCUGAAUCCCCAAGUACUAGCAGCAUACACACUUCCGGCUUUCAACCACCCGUGAAGAAGCGUAGAUGGGUACCUGGUCGACGCAGUUCAGAGGUUCCGCCACCAUUACCUCCUCAAAGACCAAGUUCUGCAUUACCCGGUCUUGAAGAUGAAUCCCAAUUCUUCGAGCUCGACACCGAUGUAACCCGUAUGGAUGGGAUCAUCGAUCCACAAAUUAUUCAUAGUGCGGCCAGUUCACCAGACAGUGGUCUUUUUACCUCGAAUUCCCCCACCCUUUCCGUCGGUCACUCGCAUUCCCAAAUCUUCUUCAGCAAUCCCUGGGUCGGCUCCACCGACGCAUCAGGGCCUACUCUCUACACUGACCCUGUUGCACCCAACGAGGCGGACUUUAAGACACCUGACAGCUGGCAUACACACCGGCCAAAAUGGGACUCCGAUGCAGAAGCUUCUUCUGACGACGAGCAAGAUAGGCCGAGUCGCGUUGUUGGCCCACGCUGGAAAAUCAAAGUCUAUGGGCCAGAUCACACAGAACAUUUAUUGAGGGUCUCGGUCAACGACACCGUUGCGUCUUUGAUGCCCCAGCUUAAUGCAAAGCUACCCCCGGGAGAGGAAAAGGAGACACAUGAGCUGUAUCUAAGGCAAUGGGGCACUGAACGGAAGUUACGCAAAUCGGAAAGGCCAGCCAACAUCCUCCGACGAUGUUAUUUGCAAGCGGGUUACGAUGAAACGGAUGGGUAUGACCUACAUGGCGGGGGAGUCCCAUUCCUGUUCAGAUUCGUGUAUCGGAGUCAAUUUCUGGGGACCGCUGACGACACAAUAUCAUCAUCCGGCUCCUUUGUCUAUACGAAUCUGACAGGACGGAGCCUCACGGCGCUGCCUAUUCUGCUUCACCAACAUGCUCCUAGUAUCCAUUCGCUUAUUCUCUCGCGAAAUCCUCUCGGGACUGCCAUUCCCUCCGACUUUCUUCAGGCAUGCACUGCUCUCCAUCAACUGACGGUCACCCACAUGUACCUUCGCAAGGUACCGCGGAGCAUUCGAGGUUGGCGAAGCAAAACGCUCACGCAACUUGAUCUGUCUGCCAAUCGUCUUGUCACUCUGAACGGCGAUGAUGGAGAAAUAUGGCUUCACGAGUUCGGCGCACUUACCAGUCUUCAAUUGCAAAAUAAUCGUCUGGAUGGGCUCCCGACUUUGCUUCCCCUCGGAUUGCUUGAGUUGAAUCUUUCGAACAACCGGUUCACUCAUUUACCCUUGAGUGUGACCCAUCUCCCUAGUCUCACCAGCCUUGAUAUAUCACAUAAUGCCCUUCCCUCACUACCUGCAGAGAUUGGCCAACUCGGCACGCUCACAAAACUGAUUAUGGCCUGCAAUCACGUGACAGAGAUUCCAUCCGAGUUUCUAAACCUCCGCGAUCUGCAAGAACUUGACUGUCGACGCAAUAACAUUGGCGAUUUGGGGAUUGCUUGUGCACUUCCGCAGCUGAUAACGCUCACAGCGGACCACAACAACAAUCUUCAUGGGCUGGCCCUCAACUUGGGUCCAAAUCUACAGUUCCUUGACUUGUCUCAUAAUGAGAUCACCGAACUCGUUGUACUUCCCGGACCAGUCCCUACAUCUCCCUUCGCUAUCACCUCUCUCGACAUGUCCUAUACCAACUUGUCGGUUCUUCCGUCGUCUCUCUUACCCUCACUUCCGUUAUUACGCACGCUUCUCCUGCAUCACAAUGCUUUGCACAAUCUCCCAUCAUCGCUUUCCGCAUGCACAUUUCUCGAAACGCUUUCGGUUGCUGACAACCACCUCAAAUCCCUUCCCUCGAGCAUCGGCUUUCUCCAGAAAUUGGAGGUGCUCGAUGUACACGGAAACAGUUUAACAGAGCUGCCCCGUGAACUAUGGGAGUGCGCUAGUCUUGCAAAGAUAAAUGCCACUUCCAACCUACUCCGGGGCUGGUGGGAUCCUCCGCCAGUCUCGGUCGACGAUCUGCCAAUAUCAAUAACGACGACAGUAAAAUCUGGCCUACUGACAGUUCCAACACCUUCCUCUCCCUCUCGUCACUCUUUUUCAUCUCGCCGCCCGUCCGUUUCUCGCGAAGUCGAACUGCCACCAUUGGUUCACUCUCUUGAAGCACUUCAUCUUGCAGAGAAUGAGUUAACAGACGAGGCCCUUCUUCCAAUGCUCCUUUUCAAAGAGCUUCGGGUGCUGAAUUUGUCCCUCAAUGACAUCCAAGAGGUUCCUCCUGAUUUGUUCGUCCGCCUUGACAAACUUGAGGAGGUAUAUCUCAGUGGAAAUCGUCUUACGCGGUUUCCUAGCGAAGGUCUGGGUCAGUUACAGAGGCUGGGUACCCUUUUCCUCAAUGGUAAUCGCCUCUCACAUCUGCCGUCCGAGCUGGGCAAGGUAAAGAGCCUGACGCUACUUGAUGUGGGCAACAAUUUGCUCAAGUAUAAUAUCAAUAAUUUGGAUUACGAUUGGAACUGGAACUUCAACCAAAACCUCGUUUUCCUGAAUUUAUCGGGCAAUAAGCAGUUGGAGAUCAAGUCCGAUGCGUCCCAUCAUCAGCGCGUCAGCACCAGCACAAAUUCCUCUCAGCUUGAUCGUCGUGCCUUCUCUGGGUUUUCCGCUCUCUCUCACUUGCGGUUACUUGGGCUUAUGGAUGUCACCAUCACCACCAACACAGGCUCAGAUAUUCCUGACGAAGAUGAAGAGCGCCGAGUGCGGACCUCGUCCUCACUGGUUAAUGGGCUUUCGUAUGGCAUCGCAGAUACCAUUGGCCGACAUCCUAAUCAACCACAACAUACGCUCAUGCAUAUGGUCGACCUCGUUCACGAGUUUCGUGGCGCCAAACGCGACACAGUUUUCGCAAUGUUUGGACGAGCACUCCCGCUUGCGACAGCGACACCAAGCCCAACUGGUGUAGUGCCAACGGCAACUGCAAAUAGCCUUGCCAAGUACCUCAGAGACCAUUUCAUCCGUGUUUUCAAUCAGCAGCUCAACGCCAUUGACCCACAUAGAGCGGAGGGCGUCCCCGAUGCGCUUCGACGAACCUUCUUGAAGCUUAACCAGGAGUAUCACGAUUCCCUCUUUGGCAACAGUUCCGCACCGCGAAAGAUGUCUAUCGCGAGUCUUCCGAGUCCAAGCGACAUCCACCAAAUUGGCGCUUCCGCUGUUGUCGUCUACAUCGUUGCCCAUCGAUUGUAUGUCGCAAAUGUCGGCAACGCGCUUGCAGUCAUAUCACGUGAUGGAACAGCUCGAAGGGUUUCCCGCAAGCAUGCACCAUACGAUCUCUCGGAGACAAUACGGAUAAAGUCCACUGGUGGUUGGGUGUCACCAUCCGGCCUAGUCAGCGGGGAAUUGGACAUUUCGCGGUCGUUUGGGUUUUAUCACUUGAUGCCAUCAGUGAAUGCCAGACCAGAUGUCUGUGAAUACGAGCUCAACAGCAAGGAUGAGUUCAUAAUCAUUGCUAAUCGGGGGCUGUGGGACUUUAUCGAGCCCCAGACGGCUGUUGAUAUUGUUCAGCGGUCGUCGCGGGAGCCAAUGGUGGCGGCGCAGAAUCUAAGAGAUCUUGCCAUGAGUUGUGGGGCUGAGGGGAGCACCAUGAUUAUGGUUGUCUCGCUUGCAAACAUGUUCAAGGAAAAUCGAGCACCGGCUGAAGAGGAGGAGCAAAUCGAGCGGUACCGCAAGCGUCGGGGUCCUGGUGUCCUCGAGAAAACACUUGAUCGGCUGCGAGACGAAGUUCCGGCGCCAAUUGGGAAUAUCGCGGUGGUCUUCACCGACAUUCAAGGCUCGACUCAUCUUUGGGAGGCUACACAGUCGGGAAUGAUUGCUGCUAUACACUUGCACAAUACCCUUCUGCGACGUUACUUGCGACAUUGUGGCGGGUAUGAGGUCAGGACUGAAGGCGACAGCUUCAUGUGUACCUUCCCCACCGUUCUGGCCGCUGUUUGGUGGUGUCUGAUGAUCCAAGUGGAGCUGCUUGGCGUCUCAUGGCCUCAAGAUAUUCUUGAAUGUCCUGACGGGUCACAAGUUUUGGACUCGCAGGACAACGUCAUCUACCGCGGCCUUCGUGUUAGGAUGGGAAUUCAUUGUGGCGCGCCAUCUCUUUGUCUAACCGAUCCCGUGACUGGUCGAAUGGACUACUUUGGCUUGGUCAUUACACGGGCGUCGCGGAUUUCCAGCAUCGCUCGAGGCGGCGAAAUUAUGUGCAGCGCGGACGCUAUGGCGGAGCUUAAUGCACACGUUCUUGAGUCUGAACCAUCAGUAGAAUACCCAGAGUCACCUUCCGUCUCCAAAGAGGUGAUUCACGCAAUUCGAGCCCUUGGACCCGCCGUUGUCCCCGUUGGUGAAGUUAAACUCAAAGGUCUGGAAGCGCCAGAAACCCUUUCGUACAUCCUGCCUCAAUCGCUUGCGGAACGACGACAUUCGAGCAGCAAGGAUGUCGUGUCCACACCCGUCGUUGCACCUCUGCCCAUCAUCUCCAUCAGCCCACCAGUGGCCGCCAUUAUCCCGCCAGCCCCAAUCCAGAGGAGAAGUCCCGCCCAUGAAUUCAACACUGAGCAUAUUCGCGCGCUCGCGCUGCUCUGUGUCAGGUUGGAGUUUGCUGUGGCUGGGCGUCCGUACUCAACGGACCUUGAUACGAGUCAGCAUCUUCAUGUUUUGCUGCCGACCAACCUCGGACUUAUGACUGAAACUGAGCUUUUGGUUAUUCUCGAGUCACUUGCUAUCCGCAUGGAGAACCUUGGGGCGCUACUCGCUGGUCGGGCACCCCUUCCUCUGGAAUCACUCGUCGCAGCCCUACGGGGACUCGACGAAAGGACGUUUAACCAAGUGUUGUCCUCUGUUUGUUGA